GAUGCAGCGCCGCGUUUUAACUUCGUUACCACGCUGUGUUUGUUUACAAAUAUGGGCCCAAAAACGUGCGCAUUAUAAUGGGCCCUUACUGUAGAAGUGCAAAUGAGAAAUAAACGUGUUUUAACCAGUGGGACUUAAAGACGUAAAUUGUUUAGAAACUUUCUUAUGCAGCUUUCAAAAAAAGUUAUCGUAGUUUUUUAAAUAUUGAUAAGUGAAACAAUCGACAUUUAUAGUUUAAUAAUAUCACGAUUGGAUUUUUGAGUUUCGUUUAUAUUCUUUUCGACGAAAAGGUGAGGGAAAACGGACAAGAUGGCGGCAAAUAGCAACUCCACAUUGGAAAUGGGGACCAGCGAUCAGAUUCUAGUCACGACGAAGAAGAGUAACAAGUUAAAGUAUACUAUUGGAUUUAUUGCAAUGCUAGCGGUGAUUGGUGCAGUGGUUGCCCUAGUUGUUGUACUGUCUGGAAAUGAGGGUGGAGACGCCGAUGAACAAACCACGACAGACGGACCGACGCCCGUAACAACACCAUCGACUACUACUUUGUCUACUACAUCGAGUACUACAUCAAGUACAACAACUACUGAGCUUCCGGUCACUGAUCCACCAACAGAUUUAAUAGAUCUGGAAGAUGUUAUCAACGGUGUUUUUGCACCAACUUCAUUUAAUGGCACCUGGAUUUCAGGAAACAAAGUGUUAUACAGAAGUCUGAACGAUGGCCUCCUCCUGUACAAUGUGGAUACAGACUCGCCGAUAGUAUUGGUUGCCAACUCCUCUCAGAUUCUCCAGCAGUCAUCUCGAGUGACAUCUCUAUCACCAGAUCAAAGCAAUGUGGUCCUGGCAUACAACGUCGAACCGGAAUACAGACACAGCUUCUUGGCGCGCUACUCCGCCAUAAAUACUCUCACGGGUGAAAUUGAACAUAUUGCUCCUGUCGAGGCCAACGCUACCAGAGACUUUUUCCUUCAAAACUUCAUUUGGGGUCCUUCCGGUACAUCACUCGCCUUUGUUCAUAAAAAUGAUAUCUACUACAAAGAAAAUAUAUCAGCAGAUGCUAUUCCAAUCACGACUAACGGUGAAGAAUAUGUGAUUUAUAAUGGCAUACCUGAUUGGGUAUAUGAAGAGGAAGUAUUCGGUUCUAACAACGCCAUGUGGUUCUCCGCUGACGGUACCAAGCUAGCGUAUGCUACUUUCAACGACACCGAAGUGAGAAUCAUGAAAGUGCCUCACUACGGCGUACCCGGCUCGGUCUACUACCAGUACACGCAGCACAAGGAAAUUCGCUAUCCUAAGCCAGGCACCGCAAACCCUGUCGUGUCAGUGACCAUUAGGGACUUCACGUCCACCGCAUCUACGACUUAUCCUGCUCCAACAAAUUUUGACGAUCCGAUACUGAGAACCGUUCGCUUCGUGACGAAUGACCAGAUCGCUGUCAUGUGGACCAACCGAGUUCAAACUUCGUUGUCCGUAAACCUUUGUACCCUUGGGAACUCAGUGUGUUCUACGAUUUACGAAUACUCUGAGCCUAACGGCUGGAUCGACAACAUUCCUCUACUUUUUAAUGAAGAAGGAAAUUCUUUCGUCACUAUUCUACCAAUGGUACCUUACAAGCAAUUAGUGCAAGUCUCACAGCCGACAGGCGCCGAAACUACAUGGACCGCUGCGAGUCGCUCUAAUCCUGGUCAUACAGUACUGGAUAUUAUAAAAUGGACUCCAGAUGACACUGUGUGGUACAAAGCAACUCACGUGAACGAUUCAGCAGAGCAGCACAUUUAUACCGUGAACUCUGACAACAUUGUGAACUGCUUCACGUGCACCAUCCAGAAGGAAGACGGAGACCCAUGCCUUUACAACGAGGCUGCUCUCAGCCCUGAUGCAUCUCGAGUGACGAUCAACUGCGCAGGUCCUGGCGUACCGCAAGUUUUAAUCUAUAAUUCGAACGGUACUCUAGUGAGGUCCUGGGACGAUAAUGCAGAGACAGCAGCUAUGGUGGAGUCGCGGACGAUUCCAUCUAUCAUCAGGAUGCAAGUGCCAGUGGCCGACGGUUUGCCAGAAGCCGAUGUACACAUUCAAGUCCCACCAGACUAUGCUUCAAGGACCAAUGUACCGCUACUGGUUUACGUUUACGGGGGCCCAGACUCGGCAUUAGUAACGAAGCAGUGGGGUAUCGACUGGGGAACUUCGCUGGUGAGCAGAUGGAAUAUCGCGGUGGCUAUCAUCGACGGCCGAGGGUCUGGUCUUCGCGGCGUCUCCAACACCUUCGCUCUGAAUCGCCAACUCGGAUCUGUCGAAGUCGAAGAUCAGAUUCAGGUUACUAAAUAUCUUCAGCAAUUACCGUGGGUGGACGCUAACCGUACUUGCAUCUGGGGCUGGUCAUAUGGAGGAUACGCGUCAUCAUUGGCACUAGCCAGAGGCGGAGAUGUGUUCAGAUGCGCGAUAGCCGUUGCUCCAGUUGUCGAUUGGCGAUUCUAUGACACCAUCUACACUGAACGUUACAUGGACCUCCCUCAAGUUAAUACAGAAGCCUACACUAACUCCUCACUUUUGACUCAAGAAGUGGUGGACGCAUACCGCAACAAGCGGUACUUCCUAGUUCACGGUACGGCAGAUGACAACGUGCAUUAUCAGCAUGCUAUGCUCUUUUCUCGAUUGCUCCAAAGACGAGACGUGUACUUCACACAGAUGAGUUACACGGACGAAGACCACAGCUUAGUGGGAGUGCGGCCGCAUCUCUACCACGCGCUAGAGAAAUUCCUUCGAGACAAUAUGUUGUAAAUCAUUUCACUAAAUAGUGCCAUUAAUUUAUCUGCUCAGACGAAAUUUAGAACGAAUUCUUGAAUAAAGUUAAAACACAUAUCUACGCUUUACAAAAAAAUGUUCGACAAAACGUUCGAAAAAAACGAUGCUCUUUCACCUUAGGUUGCUACUAGACGGACUGCAUGCGCAAAGUCGAUAUGAACUGCAUGCAUUCAAAAUUGCAAACUCCAAGCAGUUCUCGCCGUGCGCCUCUUUCAGGUGCUCAGUGUAUUUAAAGAUAUCAAAAUGAAAGAUAUUACUUGUAAAUUAUCGCUGUAUUUAGAACAUUAAUGAUUCCAAACGCUGACUUAAACAAAAUAAAUAUACCGCUAUCGAAUCCAAUUCAUUCAAUCUUCAAUUUUGGUUUGUCAUCAAAUUCACAUCCGUAAUCCCCGACUGUACUCUGCGGUGAAAUUUGCGAUCAAAAAUGUAAACAAUUUGUGCAAACGAUAUAAAUCCGUCGUGAAAACAAUCGUGUUUUUGUUUUACCAUCAAGUUGAUUAAACCCUGGAGUAAUCGUUAUCUUUUGCUGUUAUUACCAAAUACACGAAAAAUAUCGUAUAUUUUCUUAAGAAUGCCAACUGCCACUUUUGAUUCUCGUACUAUCGUUUAUCUUUUCAAUCAAUUGAAGUCUUUGCAGACGAGCAGUCCAUCUGUUAUACUAAAAAUAAUCUAUGAUGAUCCCUGUGACAGUUCAUAAAAAUCUACACAAUAUAACCUUGUAACAACGUGCACUAAUUUACGCAUUUCAUAACCUAUUUUUAUAAGCCUCACUUUUAACCUGUAGGUAACCUACCUUAAAUUACAGUAAAAAUAACACAAUGUUUAUUAUUGAAAAAUUGAUUAAUUUUUACGAUGAAGUGCAAAGGUUUGUUCAUUACACAGCAUUUGCUAGAGACAAGGCAUAUCGAUAAAAAGCUUUUGAUAUUUAAAGUUAAGUUUCAAACCUAUAUCUUAAUAAUACGAUAGAUGUGUUUUAAAAUUUUCUAAAAUAUCUAUUGACACUGAAUUUGAAUUAUAGUGUGAUUUAUGCUUUCAACAUAAUACAAAACACUUCACACAUCUAUACGUCGUUCAGAAUACCUUAGAAAGAGAAAAUAAAAUACAUUAAAAAUCUAUCGACUUUAACACAUCCCUAUGACACACGUCAAAUUUUAAUGAAGUGUCACAGAGAUCAUUCUAGUUUACGUUUAAUCUUAUAAGUUCUUUUGCGUUUUGAUGUUACAUAUAGGGCUAUCGAGUAUAUAACCAGAAAUAGAGACGAAAUGUCCUUUAAUUUGUUUGAAAACUAUUCUGCCAUAUCACUACGGUGAUAACUGCGCUCCGAUU